GCGCGGCGGCGCGCGCCGCCUUUCUCUGUGGUCGGCCCGGGCUGGCGGGGCGGGCGGCGAAGAUGGCGGAGCCGAGCGGCGGCGGCGGCGGGUCCGGCCCCGGCGGGGAGGGCGAGGCGGCCCCGGGAGGCCCCGGGGGGGCGCUGAUCCGCGUCACGGUGAAGACCCCGAAGGACAAGGAGGAGAUCGUCAUCGCGGACGGCGCCUCCGUGCGCGAGUUCAAAGAAGAGAUUUCCAGGCGGUUUAAAGCCAAACAGGAUCAGCUGGUUCUGAUCUUUGCUGGGAAGAUCCUGAAGGAUGGAGACACGUUGAAUCAACAUGGGAUCAAAGAUGGGCUGACUGUGCACUUGGUCAUCAAGACUCCACAGAAGGUCCAAGAUUCAACGUCUGCUGCCUCUGCCCCCAACGCUGCUGCUGCCCCCACUGCCACCCCCUCUUCUCCUGCUGCCACAUCCCAGCCUUCCACGUCCAGCAACUCCGCUUCCGAGGCGGGGGGCGGCAGGCGGAGCAGCGGGUCAGGGACCAUGGGAGGUCCUGGGGAUGGAGGCCCUAACAGUGCUGCAUCCAUCCUGUCUGGCUUUGGUGGCAUCACUGGGCUGGGAAACCUUGGGAUGGGCUCUGCCAACUUCAUGGAGCUGCAGCAGCAGAUGCAGCGGCAGCUGAUGUCCAACCCAGAGAUGCUUUCUCAGAUCAUGGAGAAUCCCUUGGUUCAGAACAUGAUGUCCAACCCUGACCUGAUGAGACAGAUGAUCAUGGCCAACCCUCAGAUGCAGCAGCUCAUGGAGAGGAAUCCAGAGAUAAGCCACAUGCUGAACAACCCGGAGCUCAUGAGGCAGACGAUGGAAUUGGCUCGUAACCCUGCCAUGAUGCAGGAGAUGAUGCGGAACCAGGACCGUGCUUUGAGUAACCUGGAGAGCAUUCCAGGAGGAUACAACGCCCUGCGCCGCAUGUACACGGACAUCCAGGAGCCCAUGUUCAGUGCAGCCAGGGAGCAGUUUGGCAACAAUCCUUUCUCUUCCUUGACGGGGAAUUCUGACAGCUCAAGCUCUCAGCCCCUGCGGACGGAGAACAGGGAGCCCCUGCCCAACCCCUGGAGCCCCACGCCCCCGGCGUCCCAGAGCCAGGCGCCCAGCAGUGAUGGGAGCACUGGCUCAGCCACCACCCAGAGCACACCCACUGUGUCCAACCCCUUUGGGCUGAAUGCUGCUGGCAUUGGGGCUGGCAUGUUCAACAGCCCAGAGAUGCAAGGCCUCCUGCAGCAGAUUUCUGAAAACCCUCAGCUGAUGCAGAACAUGAUCUCUGCCCCUUACAUGCGGAGCAUGAUGCAAACUCUUGCCCAGAACCCAGACUUUGCAGCACAGAUCAUGGUAAAUGUCCCCCUCUUUGCUGGGAAUCCACAGCUUCAAGAACAGCUCCGCCUUCAGCUCCCUGUCUUCCUGCAGCAGAUGCAGAACCCAGACUCCCUCUCCAUCCUCACCAACCCCCGCGCCAUGCAGGCGCUUCUCCAGAUCCAGCAGGGGCUCCAGACGCUGCAGACGGAGGCCCCAGGACUCGUGCCAAGCCUCGGCUCCUUCGGCAUGCCUCGGAUGCCCCCGACCUCCACGGGAGGAAGCACAAUCCCGGAGAACCCUGUUCCCUCCGCUUCGACGCCGGCCAGUGCCUCUCCAGCUGGGGGUGGAAACCCCCAACAGCAGCUCAUGCAGCAGAUGAUCCAGCUGCUGGCCGGAGGAAGCUCUCAAGCGCAGAGUCCCGAAGUGCGAUUCCAACAGCAGCUGGAGCAGCUGAACGCCAUGGGCUUCAUCAACAGGGAGGCCAACCUGCAGGCACUCAUUGCCACUGGGGGGGACAUCAACGCAGCUAUUGAGAGACUGCUGGGCUCCCAGCCCUCCUAAACUCCUGUCCUGCUGCCCCACAGACGUCAGCACAUGCAUCCAUACACAUGCACAGGGGGAUCUUUCAGGAAAGCCCACCAUCAUUUUUCAUAUCCGACAGCUGUCCAUGUAUUUAAAACAAAAAGAUACAGCUUAACCCCUGACCUUCCUACUAAGUUAAGAUUUCAUGUUGAAAUGCUCUUUAACUGGCUUGUAUGUGGAUUCCAGUUCUCAUCGUGGCCACAGAGACUUCAGAUGUGUAUUUUUUCCUAAAUAUGCCCUGUCUCAGACACUCUUCUCUCUCUCUCUAGAUGGUAGAGGCGAUACUUCUAGUUACUUACCUGAAUGAUUGUGUUUUGAGUAGCUUGAUUUUAACUGUACAUGAUUCCCUCCCCUGGCCCUCCUUUCAGGCAAAUAUUUAAAACCUGAGCCAAGUUUGGGGUUUUGGUUAUUUCUCCCAGCAUCUUCUUGGGAACGGAUCAAAAGAAAAAAAAAAAAAAAUAAUUGAAAUGACCUGGAAAUUUUCUGCUGUCAUUUGUUUUAAUGUUCCUUUGGAGGAGCUGAGCCUGUGUCCCCUGCACACGGGUGCCUCUGAUCUCCUGCUAGAGGGUGAACGUGCAUGAAAAUCUGAAAUGUGGCCUCUUCACACUCUCUUGGGAUGGUGUGAAGGAGCCUGGAUGCCUUCGGGGAUCAGGCUUUGCUGUUCUUGAGCUUGAAUUGAAAGUGCUGUGCAGAGGAAGGUGUUUGCAAGGUGUGUUUCUGCCCAGGCAGUUUAGUUCUUGCGUGGUGGUGUCAGGGGUUGGUGACUCUUGUGCUCAGUAGGCUCGUUUCUGAAAGUGUAAAAACAGAAAAGGAAACUGAAAGAGAAGUUGAUGAUCUUUUCGCUUCACUGGAAAAAUGUCAGAGUUCAUGUUCUUCCCAGUUGAGAUCCAUCCUCCAUUCCCUCCCUCCCCUCCAUUUUGGUGUGUUUGAAUGUUACGACUCUCCAAGAAACUCCCCGAGGACCAGCAGGGUGAUACUUUCCCAGGAGCCUCCACGGGCUGUGUAAUUUGCAUACCAUUUUUAUCAAAGAAAAAUAAAUGCGCACAACCAUCUGUCUCCCUGCA